AUGGGCACACCGUUUGAGUUCUCCACUGAGUUGUUACAGAUCAGUGAGAUCGGCAUAUUCAUUGAGCUUGAUGCAACAGAAAUAUCCAUUAAAUCAGGCGCUGGCAUAUUCAUCGAAGCUAACGGCGGCAUGCUCAUCGGAACGGAUACCGAUACCAUAUUCACUGGCAUCGAUGCUGCUGCUGCUGCCGUACUCAUCGACGUCGAUGCCGAGGUUUCGACAGAAGUUGGCGGCGACAGCAUAUUCAUCGGGGCUGGUGCCGACAUACUCAUCGAAGCUGGUCCUGGCAUGCUCAUCGGCGCCAGUGCCUGUGCAUCCAUUGGAGGAAGAGCAGCGCCAGACAAAUCCGAGAUGGAAAACGGGAUGGCUGAUGUUGACAUGCUGACCGGGACCGAACAUAAGAUGCUUGACGCAGCUAAUUCGGGCAUACUCUGCGAAGAAGCGGACGACGUUGUCAAAUUCAUCACUGAGGUUAUCGAACAUGAUGGCAAUGAUGUAUCCACCGGCAACAACGAAUUUGUUGCAUAA